AUGCUACUCCCUUGUCGAAUAACUUCUUACUCAAGCGUCACCAGUUUGAUGAUGCACCCUUACAGACGACAUUACUAUAGUCGAAGCCGAUUUUUCGUUGACCAUCAAAGUGAGCGCAUUGAUAAACAAACUACGGUAGAGGUGAAAGAUGAUAUCUUAAAGAAAGAAACCAUAAAUGUUCACAGUCAAAAAACUGACAACAGAAGUUUCAUACUCCAUUCAUUGGGAGAUUCAAUAAUAAAUAAACUGAGCAACUCGGUCGUUGACAAACGAAAUCAAGUUAACCGUGAUUUAAAAUUGAUUAAUUCUAAACCUGUGGUGAAAGCAUUGGGUGAAAUAGAUUUCCAUACUUUGAAAAAUGCAUCUCUUAUAACUCGUACUUCAAAUCACAACCAAGAAAAUGUAAUUCUUGAAAAUGGUGAGUACUUUGUUUAUAAGUAUCCGUUGAUAAAUCCGAAAAAUUCGAUUGUUGAGAUACCUGAGUUUGUCAAGUUUCUAAAUAGAAUAACCAAAUACAGAUACAUCAAUUCCAAAGAAUUAAUCACCAAGUUUAUCGUGACCAGAGUUCUUAAGAAUAAAGAGGUUGAUUCACAUUUGAGAGGAAAAGAACGAAAGUUGGUAUUUUAUUCAUUGUUGGACUUCUUCACUAGAAAUUUCAGCUAUUUGAACUUCAAAACCUUUGAAGAAUUAAUAUCAAUGUAUGAAUGGGACACUUCUUCUCUCAACAUUCUCCUCUCCAAUGUAUUGCAUUACGACUUAUCCCUAGAGAAGAAAAUGAUGCUAAUUGAUCAUAUUCUUUCUAAGUUUCAAGAAACAGGUAGCAACAUCAACAAAACAACAGUUUACUUAAUUUAUUCGUUUGCACAAGAUGCAAAUCUACUUCUGAAAUACAAAAUGCGGGAUACAUACCGACAGCAGAACUUUGAUUUAACAAAGUUUGUUCAAACACUCGAAACAUAUAUUUCAGAGAAUGGCAUGCGCCAUAACACAACCUUUACCUCACUAAUUUAUAAGACCCUGUUCAAAAUUGACAAAUUAAUAAACGAGAACAAGAAAAGCGCAACUAUUUUAAAGAGCUUGCACGAAGAUUCACUCAAAUCCAUGAGAUUAUUACCUGUACAUAAGUCGAUCGAACAGCUUGGAAUUAACGAAAACAAUCUAACAUUGGAUUCAUAUAAUGCAUUAUAUUUACAUACCAAGUAUGUAAAUCCGUUGAUCUUGUCGUAUUUAUUCUCCAUUCAUAUCACUCAUUCAAAAUGGAAAUUUAUCUGGGAUACGAUGAUGUCAACUAUGAAAUAUUUAAAAGAAAAUCCAUAUAAGUUGCCUUCUAGUAAGAGUAAACAAAAGUAUAAAAUGGUCAAAGCAUUGAGGUAUACGAAAUAUGGUACAUUGUUCUCUUGCAAUCCGAACUCGCUAAUUAAGUCAUUGAAUCACGCAAUGGGGAGAAAAUUAUUAGAACCCUUACUCGAUACUUGCAAUUGGCAGCUUUUCAUACGAGCAUUAAAUGAUAUUAACUCGCUACAUAACGAGUGUGGUCAUAUUAUUCCAUAUAAAGUAUACAGCAUUGCAUUAAACCAUUUGUUAAGCACAGAUUUGAAAAGGUCCCAUCUAAAUCCCCAAGCGUUUUUGAUAUUAACCAAAUAUUUAAUCCAUGACUCUUUGAAUUCUGAUCUUGGGCCAUUUAAAAGACAGGAUAUAUUAUUAAACAACUUACAAUCCAAAGUUGAUAACCUACUUGGUUCUUCGUUUGCAUCCACCAACAUGGAUGAGUGGAAUCAUAGGCGAUGUUCAGCGAGGGCUGAACUUCUAAAUUCAGACAAAAAGGAGCUCCUACUUACUUCUAUUUUUGACACGAACGGAAUAAACUCCCAUUCAAAAAUUCCGCAAGUGCCAGACUUUGAUGCCAAAAGCUUUGCAGAUCAUAUCAUUCCAGACUUAAUUUCACCCAAUUUGUCGACAUUAACAGGUUUUGAAUGCAAGUUAUUUAAGGAAAUGUCUAAACUAAGGGUGUUGGAUUCAAAGCAAAAAGUACAAAAUGAAUACAACGAAUAUAGCAGCUUUUGGGAUUUUAGAAACAUAAAUACAGAUGAUAUUUUAUCACAGUAUCAUUUAGGAUACAUCGAGAAGAGCUACAAACAUGGAGAUCUUAAAUGGCUAACGCACCCGUCGGCUCUACCAGGGAAACACCUCAUUAGUAACACGAUUGACUCAGAAUUGAAGUUAAAUAAACUAGCAAAAAUCGAUUCUCUCAUACACGAUGAUGAAACUAAUAUUUUGAAACAUGGUAAUAAAAUAACUGUAUUAAGCGCUGUUCAUAGUGAAGGCCAAAUACAGUAUAAAUCUAUAGAGUGUGCUAAAUCGUUGUCAUCCGUUAUGCCUAAUGACUGGUUAGAUGCUGUUGUGGACAAAAAUUUCAAAGAGUGGGUGGCAUGCAAACUUGCCAAUAAAUAG